CUAAUCAGGGACGACACUUUCCGCCAAAAUUGGAUAUUUGCUAAGAAGAGACUUCGUUUAAACGAAAAAUGUCAUAAAACCGGAAAGUGUCGUCCCUGAUUAGCCUGUGUAGAUUGCACAGGCUAAUCUGGGAUGACACUUUACGCACAUGCAUUAAGCCCAGUUUUCUCAGAACGCGGCUCAUUUCUAUAUUUGAAUUCGAGUACUUGUAAUUUAAUGUACACAUUGACUGAUAUCAACGACUACUUACCUGAUAUUAACCAUUAUAUCAAACUAAUUUGUACCUGAUAGGUAUUAACGUAAUGUAAUGUUAAAGCAAAUUUAACCGCUAAAAAUACAUGUUUAACAUAUUUACCGCACGAAUAUUCGUUCUGGUAUUAUUGCACGGGUAACGAGGUACAGUGUAUGAUACGCAUUAUUUUCGCUGGGAUUGACCGCGAAAGGCCAAGCAUAAUUUUCGCCUAACAAUAAUUAUCUGACGAAUAAGAUCCCAAUUCUUUACAUGAGUGUGAAAACUAUGAUGGCUUCAUACAUACCAGCCCCAGGAAUCAGGAACUACCAACCUUAUUGAAAACACAGGUCUUUUUUCGAUUUUGCUUGCAUAACAUAUUUGAAAAUAAUGUAAAUAAUUAAUUACGCUUUGUGGUGUCGAUAAUUUAUUGUAUGUGUACUAUAUAUUGAAUACAUUGAAAUUAAUCCGAAAUUUUUCAAGUGUUAAGUGUUGGAUGUAAUCAAAAACCUUUUGUUUUCAAACGCAAAACCUUUAUAGAUUGUGCAACGGAGUGUCAUAUUUCGGACCAAUUGUUAUUCGGAUUGAGUAUUCACAUGUACGUGAAAGUGGCCUGAUUGAGAUUAUAACUCCCUUUGUCUUAAGCGCGGUCUAAUUACGAAAUGAAUUUGUAAAGAGGAUAUAAAAGCACUUUGAGUUAAGCUCAACCUUGGUCAACGGAAUCAUUUUACCGUUAAACAAGUUAUACACAGCAUUAACAAGAAUUGUGGUAUCUGACGACUUUUAUAUUUUAAUAGUGCUGCGCGUGGGAUAUAUUAAUAUAACUAGAAGAUUGUAAAUAAAAACGAUACGAUUUCGUGCAUCGGCAAUUAAAUCAAUAAUUUAAUAAUUGCAUACAUCGUACACAAACAUUGGAUUUUGAUCAACUACAAACGUCGAAAAAUAAAUUGAAUUAGACAAAGUAACACGACGUCGAUUUGAUCAUCCGACCAGAGUAUAGCGCAAGUCUGCAUCCGGUAUCGCCAUGAUCCUUUUGCCGUUGAUCGUCGGCAUCGCAAGCGCCGCCGCCCUGGCCAUGUCGGCCAUCAGCCUGGGGAUCCCCUACUGGCGGGACACGACGGUGGACCAGCCGAAUGUGCAGCGGACCAUCACCACCCACACCUACUCGGGGCUCUGGGCCGCGUGCACGACCGAGGUGGUCAAGGUCGAGAACAUCAUCCAGUGCGAGUCGUAUUUUACUUCGAAGGAUAAUCCAAACUAUACGGCGGGACUGAGGACGGUACAGGCCACCUCCAUACUUGGAACGGGCGGGGCAGGGGCUCUACUCGUCAUGCUGGUCAUCAAGAGUUGCCUCCUCCCUGACAGCAAGGUCAUCUCCAAGGUCAUGGGCGUGGUCGCUAUCCUCGCAGGCUUUUUCCUUCUUCUGUCGGUGGUCAUCUACGCAACAAGCGUCAAAGACGGACAGUCAUUCAGCGUGAAGGACCUCUCCGCCGGCUUUGGAAUGUCCGUCGUCGCCGGCAUUGUCCUCGUGCUCGUCGGCAUUCUGUGCUGCUUCAUGAAAUGAGAUGCCCGGACCCGUGACUUUGAACGUUUCUUAAGAUUAAACUUAAGUAUAAAAGAAUUUACAUUAAAUCGUGUUAUUUUGUGAUACUACACUUUAAUGAUUCCUUAGGCAUAGUGUGUAUAUGUAUGAUGUGACCCUUAAACGUAUUGUAUCGGAUCAAGUAACGAGGAACAUGUUUAUGUUACGGACUUACUAUGUGGAAUCUUAACGUAUAUAAAUUACAAACAUUGUAUUAUAUACUGUAACAAGUAUAAUUAUUAUUACGUUUAUAUUUAUUAUUAUAAUCAUUAUUAUUAGUAGUAGUAUUAGUAUUAUUAUAUACAUGAUAAUCAGUUAUUAUUAUGAACGUUCUAUCUGAAAUAUUGUCCUCAAGUGUAAAUAAAAUACAUUUCAAGCGAGGCAAUCGCUAUCCAUGAACUUACUAAUGAUUCGUAGUUGUCUCCCAUCAAAGUGAAUUCUACUCCCAGUAUGUGCAUGUGCAUACAAUAAAUCUGUUUUUCGUUUA